UUUUUUUUUUUUUUUUGGAGAUAGGGUUUUUAUUUGUAGCCCAGUCAGUCCAGAACUCGUAAACUAUUUUAGCUUACUGAGUGCAGGCAUUUAUUAUCAUGCCUAGUUUAUUUUUAAUUUUUAUUUAUUUGUGCAUGGGUAGGUGUGUCGAUGGGGUAAUGGGAUUCAAACUUAGGAAGUUUAAAUACACUUUAAAUAGAUGGAAUUUGUGGUAUGCUAAUGUAUCCCAAUAAAACCAUUGGGAAGUCAGGCAUGGUAGCUCCACAUCUGUAAUCCCAGCAUUUGGGAGACGGGGUUGGCCCUGGACUACAUAGUAAACUCAAAGCCACUUUGGAGACCCUAUCUCAACAAAAAAACAAUACAAAUCAACCUUCACCAAAAAAGGUGUUAGGAAGAAAAAAGUAGAGCUUAGGUCUGUAUUAUUCUUAAAGGGUCUUCCACGAGCUAAUUUACAUCCCCCUAAGCAGAGCAGCAAAGUAGUUCAGAUCUCUAAACCCACCUGCGUCUCAUCACUGUUCUUGAAAAUGAACCGGCGAAGCAGCCCUACCCACGACUCUGUUUCCCAUGGAGGCAGACACCAGUAGGACCUCCAGGGAAGUCUUGGACCUUCUGCCAGAGAGCGGCAGCAGGUGACACACCAGCUCCGGGCCAACCCGGAAAAGCCAGACGAGCUAGUCCAGGCUGGAGGAAGUUCCCCUGGAGGUGCUGAGGCAGAGGGAGUCCAAGUGGCUGGACAUGCUCAACAACUGGGACAAAUGGAUGGCCAAGAAGCACAAAAAGAUUCGUCUUCGAUGCCAGAAGGGCAUCCCACCUUCUCUGCGGGGACGAGCUUGGCAAUACCUGUCAGGAGGCAAGGUGAAACUUCAGCAGAAUCCUGGAAAAUUUGAUGAGCUGGACAUGUCUCCUGGGGACCCCAAGUGGUUGGAUGUGAUUGAGCGUGACCUGCACCGGCAGUUCCCUUUCCAUGAGAUGUUCGUGUCCCGGGGAGGCCACGGCCAGCAGGACCUGUUCCGUGUACUGAAGGCCUACACGCUGUACCGCCCUGAGGAGGGCUACUGCCAGGCCCAGGCGCCCAUUGCUGCGGUGCUGCUCAUGCACAUGCCUGCUGAGCAAGCCUUCUGGUGUCUGGUCCAAGUCUGUGAGAAGUACCUGCCUGGCUACUACAGUGAGAAACUGGAGGCAAUCCAGCUGGAUGGCGAGAUCCUCUUCUCACUGCUACAGAAGGUGUCCCCUGUGGCUCACAAGCACCUUAGCCGCCAGAAGAUUGACCCCCUGCUGUACAUGACGGAGUGGUUCAUGUGUGCUUUUGCCCGCACGCUCCCCUGGAGCUCUGUGCUGCGAGUUUGGGACAUGUUCUUCUGUGAAGGAGUCAAGAUCAUCUUCCGCGUGGGGCUGGUACUGCUGAAGCAUGCCCUAGGCUCCCCAGAGAAACUCCGAGCCUGCCAGGGCCAGUAUGAAACCAUCGAGCAGCUGCGGAGCCUCAGCCCCAAGAUCAUGCAGGAAGCCUUCCUGGUUCAGGAGGUGAUAGAGUUGCCUGUGACGGAGCGCCAGAUUGAGCGGGAGCACCUCAUCCAGCUGCGGCGCUGGCAAGAGACCCGCGGUGAGCUGGAGUGUCGCUCUCCACCCAGGAUGCAUGGUGCCAAGGCCAUCCUGGAUGCAGAGCCUGGUCCCCGACCUGCCCUGCAACCUUCACCAUCCAUCCGCCUGCCCCCAGAUGCAGCCCUCCCCAGCUCCAAGACUAAGCCACACAAGCAGGCCCAGAAGGAGCAGAAGCGGACAAAGACCAGUGGGCAACCGGACAAGUCCCCAGGCCUCAAUCAAGCCACAGUGGUGACUGCUUCAGGAGAUGCAUGUCCUCCUCAGGAUGCGCCCCCAAAGGAUCCAGUCUCCCAGGACCCGGCUCCCCAGGACUCUACUCCUCAGAACUUAGCCUACCACCAUUCCCAAGAGAGCCUGACCUCCCAGGAGAGUGAGGACACCUACUUGUAACCCCAGGAGCUCAAGCCUCCGGGCGGGGUCUUCUCUUGUCUUACACGGUUCAAAGACUGACAACACUCCAGGUCCUCUGCACCUGAGGAACCAACUGCUUGGCCAUUGGGCUGGGAUAGAAUCUGGCUGGUCCAGUACAGGUUCUACCUGAGCCUCCUUAUUUAUUUUCUCUUGAGUUGAGCUGGUCCAGCCAGCAUAGGCAGAAGCUGUGGCCAAAGGGGUUGGGUCUCAGCCCCAUCCUUCUGGGGGAUGUUCCCCAAGGAUUGGGUGCUGACAUGCGGGGAAGCGGUGGGGUACUCUUUGUGUAAAAUAGAAAAUAUGGUUUUGUACGGAAAUAAACAGGCUUGUAUAUAGA